AUGGUUCCGUCUAUGAAAAAGUCCUGUAGUGGAGAUUGUUGUCCUGCUGAUGAUUCAAAGUAUGCAAAACGUCAGAAACAACGGCAAAUGAAGAAGAACAAGACUUUGUUGUUGUUUAGCAUUGCUCUGACUGUGUUGGUGUUUACUCGGUGGGUGUUGAAGGAAGACGAAGGAAGCCCCCAAGAAAGGAUUCAGAGAUUUUCAAAGGAGAAGAUGGAGAAAUUGAAGCAGGCCAAGCAGCUCUUGCAAGAAGAUAUCAGAAUGGGGCUGAAGCAAGGAUUGACGGGUAGAUUUGACACUGGAGCUUGGAAGACAGGCGCAAGUAAUUUUCUCCGUCACAACGAUAAUCCAAAAUACACUUCGAUGGAAGAACACGAACAUAGUCUGGCGGCAUAUGAUGCUGCAAUCCUAAUGAACGAAGACUCUGGGACACAAUGGAUGAACCCUGAGUUUUUACCCUCCUUGACUAAGGAAAAGCCCUUGUUGAACGCAAUCAAGAAAGUCUUGAGACAGAAGUCAGGUGGGGCAUUCAUCAGUCCUCGCAAAUUCUUCAAGGUCAAACGACAAAACACAAAAUUUAAAUGGGAGGAUUUGGCAGCGCCAAUCGCAGACAAAGGCCCAAAAGUGGAUUUUACAAAGCAUUCGUACAAGUAUCCUGAAAAAUUGAGUGCUCCACCAGAAAAGAUCGGCGAUUAUCCAAAGCUUAAACCGCUCAGAACCCUCAUGGAAGACUGGCCUCAGGAUGACAUUGAUCAUCCGCCAACUCCAUUCGAAGAAGCGCUGAUCCACUUUGACUACACCAACUCCGACGAUGUCGCGGCGGCGAAGGAAUUCCGAGAAGCAAAACUCCCAUUCAAGUUCGUCAACGUUCCUGAAGUUGUUGCUGCAGGGAAGAAAUGGACCGAUGAAUAUGUCAACGAGCAUUUUAGUGGACAUCCGACCGACGCAGCUCCCGCUAGUGGAAAGUGCCAAGAGUCAAUUAACAACUUCUUUGCCUUUUUCAAUCACGAUGGCUGGGAUAUCGAAACAUAUGGACUUGCACCCACGCGGAAUAACGACUGGACAUUUGCAAAGUGGGCUAGACACGCUAAGUACGCAGAUUCUGCGCGUCUUAGCCCAAACCAGCCUCACUUUUAUUGGCAAGCAGGAGUUGACAAAGAAGAACGAAAUUUGCCGAAGUCAAAAUGGACCUUCAUCAGUAAGGAUCUACCAUCGUUUUCCUCGCCAACUGAAACGUUUUUCGUCUUUAAUCCUGAAGCGCAAAAGGGUAUUCAAUGCCGGUUUGGAGAGCGAGGAGUCACCGCCGCCACACACUUCGACGCUGGUAGAAACAUGAUUGCGAUGGUCACUGGAGCAAAGCGCUACAUUUUGAGUCCGCCGAAAGAAUGCUCGAAGCUUGGCAUCGUUCCAACUAGAGGGAAUGCAAUGUUCCGACAUUCCAUGCUCAACUUUGGCCACAUCAACUUGAUGCACGAACCAGAUAUGCCCCAGGAUGAACGAGACUGGCUGGAAGAAUCCGGUGAUGCUAUGUCUCUUGAGACUGUUCUGAAAGCUGGUGAAGUAUUGUAUAUUCCCUCUCAUUGGUUCCAUUACAUCAAUAGUCUACAAAAGAGUGCUCAGUGCAAUGUGCGAAGUGGGGUUGAUAUCGAAGGUGAUGCAAUCUUUGGGGGGCAAGCUGAUGUAACGGAUCUCUGUGAGCCAGGGAUUUAG